AUGGCGAGUGCGCGCGCGCUGCUCUUGCUGGCGGCGCUAUGCAGCGCGCGCGGUGCGGGGCCCGGCCCGCCUCAAUUUUCCCACACAAUUUACAACGUGAGCAUACCGGAAAACAGCCCACCGCGCACCUUCGCCGAUCAGCCUGCCGGCACCGUGGCAUUUGGCCUGCGCCUUCCAGUACAUGGCACGCGCGUGCGCGCUCGUAUCCGUCACGGUGACCGCGACAAACUGUUCAAGUUGGAAGAACAGGUAGUGGGAGACUUCUGCUUCCUAUCCGUGCGCACACGCGCCGGGCACACAGCUGUGCUCAACCGUGAACGUCGCGAUCAUUAUAUGCUAGCAGUACGAGCCACUGCAACAUCGCCUGAUGGAUCUCAAUUUGAGGCUGACACGCUCGUCGCCGUCACUGUUUCUGACGAGAACGAUUUAAGUCCCCUUUUCUAUCCUACCGAAUAUGAAAUAUACGUGGCCGAAGACGCUCCUCUGCAUUCAAGCGUCCUUCGAGUAACAGCUGAAGAUGCGGACUUGGGAAUCAACGGUGAAAUUUACUAUAGCCUGGCGGAACACACGGAAAUCUUUGCGAUCCACCCUACCAGCGGAGUUUUGACUGUCACGCGAAGUUUAUCUUUCGCGGAGAAAACACGUCAUGAUAUCGACGUGCUGGCACACGAUCGAGCGUCUUUGCUGUCCCUAGGAGAAAAAGCUUCUGCUGCAAGAGCGUCCGUUAUAGUUAACGUCAAACAAGCAAAUUUAUAUGCUCCAGAAUUAAGUGUCAGAAAACUUCCCGAACUGAUUGAAAAUUCUACGACCGAAACGUACGCUAUCAUAGAGGUGACAGAUCGUGACGUAGGUGAACAUGGUCGAAUCGCUUAUCUCGAUAUAGUGGACGGGGACCCGGACGGUCACUUCAGAAUACGUCCUUCUUUGCAACCGGGUCAAUAUGACCUAGUCGUACAUGCCCUUUUGGAUCGGGAGAGCGCGCCUCAGGGUUAUAAUGUGACUUUGCGUGCCACCGACGCUGGACAGCCGCCACGCUCAUCCUACCUCACCUUACCCAUCACUUUAACCGAUGUUAACGAUAACGCGCCCGUAUUUAGCAGAGAAGUGUAUGAAGCUAGCAUUCCUGAAACUGCACCGCCUAAUACACCUGUGAUCAGACUAAAAGUGACGGAUCGAGAUGAAGGACAAAAUGCCCUAGUGUACAUUGAAAUUGUUGGUGGAAACGAAGGUGGAGAAUUUAUUGUCAAUCCUGAUACCGGUGUUUUGUAUACGGUCGUUCCUCUAGAUGCUGAAGAGAAAUUUUUAUAUACUCUUACAGUUUCAGCCAUUGACCAUGGAAAUGCCGGAACUCGGAAACAGUCUUCGGCAAAAGUAAAAAUUUCAAUAUUAGAUGCCAACGAUAACGAUCCCGUAUUUGAAAAAGAUGAAAUGGAAGUAACCAUCGUUGAGAACGAAGCCAGCGGAGCUAUCGUUGCGAGAGUGGUUGCUCGAGAUGCUGAUUCUGGAGAAAACGCGUACAUAUCGUACAGCAUCGCCAAUUUACAACCGGUACCUUUUGAAGUCGAUCAUUUUUCUGGUGCAGUUAGAACAACACGACUAUUGGAUUAUGAAAGUAUGCGUCGGGAAUAUACAUUACAAAUUAGAGCCAGUGAUUGGGGCUUGCCAUACCGGAGACAAGCUGAAAUGAGACUAACUAUCCGUUUAAAAGACGUCAACGACAACAGACCUCAGUUCGAACGUGUGGAUUGUGUUGGAUACUUACCACGGAGGCUUGCUAUUGGUCACGAGAUCGUAACAUUGUCAGCAAUCGAUUUCGAUUCUGGGGACGCGGUGUCUUAUCGAGUUGUCGGCGGUAAUGAAGACAAUUGCUUCUCUCUCGAUACUACAACGGGAAUAUUGAGCUUAUCUUGCGACCUUAGCGAUAUUCGAACUGAAACAAGAGUACUCAAUGUAACGGCCACAGACGGUACCCAUUUCGCUGACGCAGCCUCGCUUACUCUGCACUUGGUUGCUGGUAAUACUGUUAGCGGUAGCGCCGACCUGAGCAGCCUCGAAUGCCGUGACACGGGUGUCGCACGUCGUCUUACUGACGUCCUUGCCGCUGCUGAGCGCAGCAACGCCCCAAUCGAUUUCGCUGAGGACUUUCCGUUGGCUUCGUCACGAUUCGGUGAGAACUUACACUUUCCAGAAUUCGUUGAUUUUCCUAUUGAGAUAAAAGUGAAUGAAUCUGUUGCGCUUGGUACGUCUCUGGUAAGGUUGCACGCUCGGGAUCGUGAUCUCGGGUACAACGGCCUCCUGGUGUUUGCGAUAUCGGGAGGAGACGCUGAUUCCGCCUUCCGGAUAGAUCCUGACACGGGAGAACUGAAAGUUAUUGGCUACCUAGAUAGAGAACGGGAAAACGAAUAUUACCUGAACAUAUCAGUAUACGACCUAGGCGUGCCGCAGCGGUCAUCGUCUCGUCUCCUGCCAGUUACUGUGUUAGAUGUCAACGACAAUGCACCUCGUUUUGAAAAGACCCUGGCUAGCUUUCGGGUUACUGAAAACGCCAUUAACGGAACGGCGAUAUUUAGGGCAAAUGCGACGGAUCGAGACAGUGGGGACUUCGGAAAAGUAAGAUACAGCAUCAGUAGCGGCAGCGAUGGAGAAUUUUGCGUUGACGCCGAGAGUGGCGUUGUGAUGGUAUGCGCCGCGUUAGACCGCGAGAGGCGCGCUGUUUAUGAACUUACUUUGCGCGCCGUUGAUGGCGGCGGGCUCGCAGCGGAAGCAGCUGUGCGUGUGACCGUAGACGACGUUAACGACGUGGCACCGCGAUUCGCGCUGGCAUCGUACAGCGCGCGCGUUCGCGAGGACGUACCCGUCGGCAGCGUGGUAGCUGUGCUGGAGGCCUUCGACCCCGAUUUGGGUGCAGGUGGCCGUUUGGUCUACUCUCUGCCAGACCAGGGCGCAGAGGAUAUUGUUUUUACCGUUGACUCCGCCUCGGGAACUUUACGUACUGCACGCCGGCUAGACUACGAAGAGAGACAGGUGUAUGGCGUCACGGUGCGUGCGACAGAUGGUGGACAACCUGCGCUGUGGGCUGAAGCCACGCUUAUUAUUGAGGUGGCUGACGUGGACGAGAAUGCGCAUACACCCACAUUCAGCUCACGCCUUGCACUGGAGGCGAAAGUUAAGGAAGAUGCAGCGCCCGGCACUCGCGUUCUCAGUGCUGCAGCUCAUGAUGCAGACCCUCCUGGCCGAGAUUCGCGCCUCGCCUACUAUAUUCUUGCUGGAUCUGGAAUGCCACACUUUUCGAUCGAUGACGCAGGUGUCAUCCGUACGGCAAGUCCCCUAGAUCGUGAAACAGCAGCCGAGUACUGGCUCACUGUAUGCGCGCAGGAUCACGGCCUAGUGCCUCGUCACGCUUGCGUGUAUGUGUACAUCGAGGUGGAAGAUGUCAACGAUAUGGCGCCGUGGCCAGAGCAUGCCGAGUACCGCGUGCGUUUACCUGAGAACAGCCCCGCUGGUACGCACGUUGUAAAAGUCACGGCGCACGACACUGACGCAGCGCCACGCCCACCGCAUCUGCGGUACUCAAUCCGCGCUGGCAACCCCGACGGGCUCUUUUCUAUCGACGAAGACACAGGGGUCAUAGUGACUACUGGUCGGGCGCUUGACCGCGAGGCCGCGGCUAUGCAUGCGCUGGAAGUAUCUGUGUCGGAUGGCGAGUUAAGCGGGACGGCGCGUGUGCGGAUCUCGCUCACCGAUAUUAACGAUCAUGCGCCGGCAUUCACGCAGCGAUUUUAUGACGUCCGCGUGCCUCCACACGCUUUCACACAACGUGAUGCACCUUCAUUCGACGCUAGUGCGGAGGCCGACAUUGACACGGACGCGGAGGAUGACGAGGAAGGCUCGGGCACGCGCCUCUCGUGGGAUUCUUGGGACGAGGAACCUAGUGAUGAUUAUAUCUACGUUACAACGGUGACGGCGCUCGAUGAUGACGCAGCGGAGAACGGGACUGUGCGCUAUAGCUGGAGAGCACGCGGCGGAGCGCGAGAUGCACUCCGAUUGCACUCGCGCUCCGGCCGUCUCUACGCCGCACCUGACCUGCAUCUAGGACCGCAUCUGGCUUACGACGUAACGGUGCGCGCCUGCGACGCUUCGCUACGUCCUCGUUGCGGCGUGGCAAGGGUGCGUGUACGGGGUGCUGUACGUGCUGGAGGAGGCGCACCGCCAACGCUUCGACCGCCGCCACCGCUACAGGCUGCAGAGCUCGACGCUCCGGGCUUCCUGCUUGCGUUACUACAAGCUUCAGACCCCGACGGCGAUCCCCUGUAUUAUGAUAUCAUCGAUGGUGACCCUGACCACGAUUUUGUGGUGGGGCGCGAGGACGGCAGUGUGGUACUGGCGCGCCGGCUGCUCUGGGAGCGGUGCGCUAACUAUCGUCUCAACGUAUCUGUUACCGACGGUGUGCACACUGUAUUCGCUAUUCUGCACGUUUCUGUCGUCAACGAUGCCAACGAGGGAGGCGUUGAUUUCGCUCGCGACCUCUGGGAAUUGGAAGUCUCGGAAGCCAGUCGACCUGGAAUCGCUCUUGCGACGCUAACAGCGCGCGCAGGCACCGACGAACGUCUUCUUUAUGGGAUCCACGCAGCACGCGCGCCGGCCAGCCUCGCCCUAUUUCGCCUUCACGAGCUCAGCGGCGUCCUCGAACUGGCCGCGCCCUUAGACCGCGAGGCGGCCGCGUUGCACGAGCUGACCGUCUGGGCACGUGAUCAGGCGCCGCGAGCAUCGCUUGCUUUUGCACGUGUAACGAUACGCGUGGCUGGCGCAGACGAACACGCGCCAUCGUGGGGCCGGCGUUUGUGGGAAGCUCGAGUGGCGCGUGGAGCGGCGGCAGGCACGCUUAUAGCGCCUUUACGUGCCGCAGAGCGAGACGCGGGUGGUGCAUCGCCCGUUUACUCAUUAGCGGGGACAGGCGAAGCUGCUGGACUGUUCACCGUGGAUGCGGCAUUGGGUGAUGUGAGGCUAGUGCGACCGUUACCGGCACUUGGUCCGCGCGAGUACACUCUGCAAGUGCGUGCCGCUGGGCCGCCGCCCGCUGAGCGUGCUUCGACAGUACCGCUUCACGUGCUAGUUGUUGACCCGGAUGACGCCCCGCCUAGAUUUGCAACGACUGAGGUACGAUGCGAGGUAGCUGAAGACGCCGCCCGCGGAACUUUGGUAGCAACACUGGAAGCGCGCAGCCCAACUGGGGUCCGCUAUGCGUUAGCCGGUGGAGACGGCCACUUUCGCCUCAAUCCAGCCGCCGGUUUGCUCACCCUAGCGGCCCCGCUCGACUACGAGCAGCAAAGCAUCUACAACCUGACUGUUACCGCGCUUAACAUGGGUGGAGGCAGCGCAGAAGCGCGUGUCACUGUACACGUCAUCGACCGUAAUGAAUUCCCACCGGUGUUUACGCGCACGCGCUAUCGGGGCGUUGUGUCCGAGGCGAGCGAGCCCGGGGCCCUAGUGUGGGAUUCAGCAGGCCGUGCACCACUUGUGCUGACCACCAGCGAUGGAGAUUCGCCGGCCAACCGCCAGCGCGCCUUUGAGAUCCGAGACAAUUCCGCCGCGCGUCUCUUCCACGUUGAUCCGCUCACCGGUGCGCUUCGUCUUGCAGCAUCACUCGACUACGAGACUGCUCAGAUCCAUCGGUUCACUGUCAAGGUCGUGGACAUGGGAAACCCUAGGGUGCCAUCAGACAGCGUGGCACAUGUAACAGUAGACGUGACGAACGUGAACGAUUGCCCCCCAAGCUUUUCUCAGCCGUCAUACGAGGCCACGGUGCUACUUCCGAGCGUAAAAGGCGUGGCUGUACUGAGUUUAGCCGCCACCGACGCCGACGGGCCCGGACUAUUACGCUUCGACGUAAUCGAGGGCGAUGCGCGCGCUUUUUCGCUAUCUGCUGGUGGCCAGCUUGCAGUGGCAGAGCCGGCUGCGUUAGUCGCUGGCGCCGAACACCAUUUGCGCGUCCGCGUCUCUGAUGGCGAAUUAUCAUCCACCGCAAGGUUGCUGGUGAAGGUGCGCGAGCCAGACAACUCGGGACUCGCCUUCCAGAAGACAGACUACUACGCCUCGAUAAUGGAAAAUUCGACAAAACCUGUGACUAUCGCUGUACUCGACGUGCUAGGAGCGGCGCUUAACGAACACAUCGAGUUCACGAUCUUGAACCCUACUGAGGGUUUCGAAGUGGGCCGCACAUCGGGCGCAGUGCGAGGCACGGGCUUAGCAUUGGACCGCGAACAACGUGCCUCGUACGUGCUUCUGGUCCAGGCAGCGGGCGUGGGGCGCGUGGCGCGCGCUCGACUCACGGUGGCUGUAACGGACGUCAACGACAACUGCCCAGUCUUUGUGCGGCGACCGUAUGUGGCGGCAGUGCUGGCAGGCGCAGAGCCUGGGACGGAGGUGCUGACAGUAGAAGCCGUCGACGCCGAUGCUAACGACAACGGGGAGGUGCGGUACGAGAUGAAGCGUGGACACGGAGAGCUGUUUCGUGUGGACCGGCGCACGGGGCAGAUCACCCUGAAACAGAGCGUAGACGCGCAGCGGCAACAGUAUACGCUGCUCAUCGGUGCAUUUGAUGGUGGCGUUCCAGCCUGCGCCGCAGAAACCGAGGUCACGGUUCAUGUAUGGCCAGGUGGCGCUGCGCCGCGCUGGGAGCGAGCGCAUGUGUCGCUGGACGUACGUGAAGACAUAGCGCCGGGCGUACCGCUAGGGCCUCCGCUGCGGGCGCUGUCGCCGCUCGCACGCCAACUGAUUUAUACGCUUCAUGCGCCCGCUGGCGCCGACGCUGACCUCGAUCUCUUCGAAAUACAUUUUGAAACAGCCCGUGACGGGGGAACUAGCCCGUGUUCGCUAUCGGCUCGCGGCGCUUUAGACUACGAGCGUGCUCAGUCACACGAGUUACGCGUACGCGCCACAGAUGGCGUAUCGGGCUCCUGGGCUGAAGUGGCCGUGACGCUGACCGUGCUCGAUGUCAACGACUGCGCGCCAGAGUUCGAGCAGGACGAGUACCACGCCGCUGUGCUCGAGAGUUCCGCGCCUGGAGAUCUUGUUAUCAAUGUUCGCGCCGACGAUCAUGACACGGGUGCUAACGGCGAAGUUCAAUACUCACUAUCGGGGCUCUUGGGUGAGGCAGUCUCGCAGUUUGUCGUCAAUGCGUCAUCAGGCGCCGUACGCGUUGCUGCGCCACUAGACGCCGAGCUCGUCGCGCAUCACCACCUGCUGCUCACAGCUACCGAUGGCGGACGUCCAGCGCUGCUUACCACUGCACAUCUCUUUAUCACUGUGGAGGACGUAAACGACUGCGCGCCGCGAAUGGAACGAGCCGUUGUGACAGCAUUGGUCUCGGAAGAGGCUGCACGUGGUACUGCGGUGGGGCGUGUCGCAGCCUGGGACCCGGACGAGAGUGACGCGGCUAGACUGCGCUACGCCAUGCAAGGUGCCGAGCGGGGUCUUAAGGUAGACCCACUCACGGGUGUACUAUCGUUGGUCGAGCCGACUGCUUUCAACGCCAGCAGCGCACGUUCGCUUAACGUGUCGGUGACAGAUGGAGCGCGCGCAGCAUUCGCUCGAGUCAAACUGACGCCAGCGCCAGCCAACCGCAACCCUCCACACUUCCCGCACCUUAUACACGAGGCCCGUGCACUAGAAAACCAGUCGCCGCCACUAUUACUAACUACGGUUAAGGCAUACGACGAAGAUGGUGGCGAAUACGGCAGUGUAACAUACUCGAUCCCGUCGGGCAAACUACGCGAGACCUUCUCGAUAGAUGCAGCCAGUGGCGCUUUAAGCGCACGUGUACCACUUGACCGCGAGGCCCGUGCCGAAUGGGACGUGCCCGUGCUAGCGGCGGACGGCGGUGGCCGCAUACGUCAGACCAGCGUGCGCGUACGCGUGCUUGACGUUAACGACAACGCACCCGAAUUUCCACUGCGCGAAUAUCGUGCUUCCGUGCGUGCUGACCGGUCACCGCUUGCUCCUUUUCUCACUCUGUCAGCCCGCGACGCUGAUGCGCCUGAACACGCGCGCCUCGAGUAUUCGCUUUAUGAGCGUGGUUCAGAAGCUGAAGUGACCGGCCUAUUCGCCGUGGACCCUCUUACCGGCGCGUUGGCCUUUGCACGUAACGCCUCUGGUUUUGCGGGACGCAGCGUGCAAGUUUGGGUGGUGGCGCGUGAUGGCGGAGGGCUGACGGGUGAGGUCGGCGUGCAGGUGGCUUUGCUGGCUUCCGGCGACUCCGCCCCUCGGUUGGCGCAACCGCCACCCGACUUAUUCCUACCUGAGGACGCCACGCCGGGAACCCUUAUUGCUCAACUGCGUGCUCCCUCUGGCCCUCUGCCACGCUUACGUCUUGCCCCCACUGCCCGAGCUGACGAACGUCUCUUCACGCUCGACUCUGAUGGCCGUUUACUGCUUGCCGCCCCGCUUGACAGAGAAACUGCCCAAGACCAUAUCAUCGGAAUCAUCGCUGAAGGCGAAGGCAGUCCAGCGCCAGGCACGCUCGUCCAGACACGGCUGCACGUGCUCGACGUAAAUGAGCAUGCGCCGCAAUUCCACUCUCAACCAUACAUGUUGCACCUCGCAGAGAAUACACCGCCGCACACUAGCCUUAUCCAGCUGAUGGCGGAUGACCCAGACGCGGGGUCGAACGGCGAGGUACGGUUCUCUCUGGAGAGUUCGGAAGAGGUGCCUUUCGCAGUUGAGGCCGGAGGAUGGGUGCGCGUGACGGGUCCUUUGGACCGCGAAUCGCGCGCCGAGUACCGCUUGCCUUUGCGCGCCUCUGACCAAGGAGCUCAGCCGCGUUCAGCAAAGGGUGAAUUAAUUGUGCGGCUGCUAGACUACAACGACUGCCCGCCUGCCUUCACGAAGGAGGUUUAUGAGGCUGAGGUGCGCGAGGACGCAGCAGCAGGCACUGUGGUGGUACGUCUGGCUGUGCGCGACGCGGAUAUCACAGCUGGUACACUGGCCUACUUCGUGGCGGAAGGCGAUAUACGCGCGCGAUUCCAGAUACGCGGCUCGGGCGAGCUGUUUGUGGCGCGUUCACUCGACCGCGAAACGGAGGCCGCAUACUCCCUGCGAGUGGCGGCCACAGACGGAAAAUUUACGGCAUACGCCACGGUACGCGUAUCUGUGCUGGACGUCGACGACAAUCCGCCUUACUGCCUGCGACACAGAUUGCGGGCCCGAUUGCCAGAAGAUGCGCCACCAGGUACGCGCGUGGCUGAACUGCUAACGCGCGACGCCGACGAGCCACACAAUGCGCGUCUACGAUUCUUCCUCACCGGGGAACAUGCUGAACACUUCACCAUAGAUAAGGAAACCGGCGUGGUGACUGUGGCAGCCGCACUAGACAGAGAGACGGUAGCACGAUAUGAGUUACGUGCGCAGGCGCAGACUCGCGAUCGACCUGAAUGGGGCUGUGGCGCAGAACUACAAUUAGCCCUGGAUGACGUCAACGAUAACGCUCCUCGCUUUGCCGCGCCUCUCUACAGCGUCACCUUGCCCGAGGAUGCCGCACUCGGGACGCUUGUCGCUAAGAUCCAUGCUACGGACGCUGAUCUCGGUGAAAACAGUUCCGUCAGAUAUUCUUUCAUUGAAGAGAAUGAAUUCUUUGAGCUCGUUCCGGAGACUGGUGUGGUGACGUUGCGAGCGACGCUCGAUCGUGAGACUCAGGCCGAGGUGCGGGCCGUCGUUCGCGCCGUUGACGGUGGACGACCGCAGCUCAGCGCCACCACCACGCUGCGCCUUACCGUCGCCGACGUCAACGACAACCCACCCGAAUUCGAGUUGCGUCAGUAUGCGGCCGCCGUGCCCGAACUGGACGCUCCCGGCACCCAGUUGCUGCGCGUGCGCGCAACUUCACGCGACGCCGGUGUAAACGCUGACGUCUAUUAUGCACUUGUCGCCGGCGACGGCCGCGAUGACUUUACACUCGAUCGGACCACCGGUGUGCUCUCCGUCGCCCGUCCGCUGGAUUUCGAACGACGCCGCGAGUACUUCCUUACCGUCCAAGCCGUCGACGGCGGCGCGCCUCCGCUUAGCGACCACGCUACUCUGAACAUCACCAUUUUGGACGGAAAUGACAAUGCGCCAUCGUUCUCACAGUCGUCGUACACGGCGCGAGUGCGCGAGGAUGCAGCACCUGGCACUCGUGUGUUGCAGCUCAUCGCCGACGACGCUGAUGCGGCUGACAAUGGUCGCAUCUCCUACUCAAUCGCGCGCGGCGGUGAAGGCCAUUUUGAGAUCGAUCUCGACACCGGCUACUUGUCAGUGCUAGCGCAACUUGACCGCGAGACCACGUCGCGCUAUGUGCUCGAGGUGCGCGCGACCGACCGAGGGAUUCCCGCUCUAGAAUCGACGGCGACUGUCGAUAUCGAAGUCAUGGAUGCCAAUGAUAACCCACCUUUGUUCGCUCAAAACAAUUACUCUGCUGUCGUUCAAGAGGACAAAUCCCUGGGACAUCCAAUACUAAAGUUCGUCGUGAGCGAUGCCGAUGCGAGCCCCAACGGAGCCCCGUACACGUUCGAUAUUCAAACAGGAAACGAAAUGGGCGCUUUUAGAAUAGAGCAAGACGGCUACUUGCGUUCAGCCACCCGAUUCAACCACCGGAUAAAAGACCGCUACAUCCUACAAGUGAGAGUGUUCGACAACGGUACGCCCCCUCUUUUUUCUGAUGCGUGGGCGUAUAUCCAGAUCAUAGAAGAAUCUCGGUACCCACCCGUGGUGACGCCUCUCGAGGUGGUUGUCAAUUCGUACCUUGACGAAUUUCCAGGCGGGGUCAUUGGUCGUGUGUUUGCUUCGGAUCGCGACGCUUACGAUUCACUCCGUUACUCCUUGGCGUCGCCAAACGGGGCCCCCUUCCCGCUGGCCGGCCUUUUCGACGUUGACGCCGCAGAUGGAACUCUACGUGCAGCCCCCCGCCUCGAUGUGGGGGACUAUCGAAUCAAUGCGACCGUCGAUGACGGCAAGUUUCGAGGCUUCGCUAUUGUUAAAGUUUCCAUCGUCCUGAUAUCCGACGAGAUGCUUGCGCAGGCAGUUGUGGUGCGUUUCCGAGAGGUGACCGACGUGGAUUUCAUCCUAAGCCAUCGCAAAGGUUUCAUCCGGGCCGUCCGAGAGGCGACCGAUUGUGGACCUGGUGACGUAAUUAUACUGAGCGUGCAGCCCGCCGAAGAUGGCGGAAGGCGACAGAAGAGACAAGUCGCGCAAGACCUAGACGUAGCGUUCGCCGUGCGCGAGCCGGGCGGGGAUGGAUUGCUGGCGGCCGAUGCGCUCCGGCGUCGACUGCACGCGCACUUGGAGCGCCUCGAGGAACGUAGUCGCCUCGUAGUCGAGGAGCUUUUGCGCGCCACGUGCGGCGGCUGCGUGCACGGCGUUUGUGUCGAGCGCCUACACCUACGCGCGGCUCGGCUUCGCGUCGUUGCCGCCGACGUGUUCGCUCUCGUUGCGCCGGGACACGAGCUACGCGGGGAGUGCACCUGCGCAGCGGGCUACACGGGAGAAAGAUGCGAAGCGAUCGCAGCAGAGGUUACGUCGUCGAUUCCAUCGGACGACUCCGCCGUGGCGGUCCUACAGCUAGGCGGCGACGGGUAUCUGGCGUAUCGCGUUGAAAGGGGCGUGGUAGAAGGUGCGCGACUUCUUGACGAUGAAUUGGUGCUGUCGCUGCGGCUGCGUACUCGCGCUCCUCGCGGCACGCUGCUGUGGGCCGGCGGGCGAGUAGACUUCUUGAUACUGGAGGUGGUGGAAGGAACGAUUCAGGCGCGCUGGGAGCUUGGCGCGGGAGAGGCGCGCUUGCGGGCCGGCGGCACCGUAGCGGAUGGAGCAUGGCACGAGGUGCGGUUGGAGCGUCGCGGUGCCGUGGCUCGCCUGACGGUGGACCGCCGAUCGGCGCAGGCGCGCUCUCCGCCCCCGGCCGCCGUCUUAGACGUCCGUGCAGACCGGCUACUCUUAGGUGCCGCCCUGCAGAGGCACGUUCACGCUCUCGCACCGGAACAGGUGACUUACGGGUUCCACGGCUGCAUAUCGGACUUAAAAGUUGGCGGAUGGAGACUACCGUUAGAGGAGGGCGGCACAUCACGCGACGGGCGAGUCCAACUAGUACGCAGCGUCCGGGCGAAGGUCGCACCCACCUGUGCACCUCUUCCACCUCCUGGCGCUUGUGCCGCCCAACCCUGCCAGCACGGUGGGACGUGCCAAGAGGUGUCAUCCGGCUACACCUGCGACUGCCAUGCGCGAUACGUAGGCCGGGACUGCGAGCUCGACACGGAUCCGUGUGCGUCGCAGCCCUGUCUUCACGGUGGCUUAUGCUCGCCUGAAAGCGACGUUGCAGGCGGCGCCUCGUUCCGCUGCGCGUGCGCCGCAGGACUCGAGGGUGCGCGCUGUGAGCGCGGGCGUUGGUGCGCAGAGGGCGUAUGCGCCCACGGCGGAGCUUGCGAGGAGGGCGAGUGGGGCCCGUCGUGUCGCUGUCGAGGCUACUACGGGCCUCGGUGCCAGUACGACGUAGACGAGUGCGCCGGCGAACCGUGCCUCAACGGCGCGACAUGUCUAAACGAGCCCGGAUCUUUUCGCUGCCUCUGCCCGCCCGACAAGACCGGAAUGAACUGCGGUAACCCGCUCUACUCGGAUGCCGUUACGGCCGGCGAGGCGGGGUCGGUUGACGGCCGGCGCGCUCUAGCCGCUGCGUGGCAUUGGGUUCUCGAUGCUCGCUGGCCUCUAGGCGCAGUGGGUGCUGUGGUUGCGCUGGCGUUGCUGUGUGGCGUGGUGGGUUGCGUUCGAGCCCGUCGAACUCGGCCUCCACCGCCGCCGCUCAACAGCGCUCUGGAGAAACCGCCGGUGACUAAGCUAUCGAACCUGGAAGCGGUGCGACGUGAACGCCCGGCGUCGUGUGCGGCGCCGCUCAACAACUUAGAGACGUUGCGGUCGUACGGCUCGGCUGGAGACGAGCUUGAGGGGCUUCCGCCUGAUUAUCGCCGCAAUCUAAACCUCAACGUCGAUCUGGACCGUAAGCCCUGGUCCGAGCAGAUGCAUCUGCAUACCUUCGUCGACAAUAAGAUCUACAACGAUUUGAAGAAUUGCAAACCACGAGUGCGCGCUCCAUCUCCCGCGAGCACCCGUCGCGUGGCGGUAGGCGCGGCAGUCGCCGGCAUGGGCGGUGACCUGGUGGGCGGGUACCACUGGGAUUGCUCGGACUGGUGCGGAGGUGGAGCUCUCCCCGGCAUCAGCGAGGUACCGGGGUCGGAGCGUCUCGACUCUUCGGAGCCGCCAUCUCCGCUACGCUCUCCGCAGCCGCCCCUUCCGCCCCUCCCUCCUCUACCGCUCGACACCGAUUCUGCCCCGGAGGACUUCGAGUCGCAUCCCUUUACGGACGCGUCAUCAUAUCUUCUAGCAGAGGAACUCGGGCUCACGAGCGAAGGUGAGGGGUUGGAGGGAGGCGGGGAAUGCGUAACGAGAGUGCGCCGUGAAACGGACGCUCAUAGCCUCAUAACUAUGCUCGAGGAGAGACACUCGCUGUUAGGCGCGGGCGGAGGUUCGGGCAGCGAGCUAUCGGCCCAUUUAUGCGAGUUCGAAGACUCAGACGCAGAAGAGGGUUCGCCUCGACACACGGCCGUGUGA